AUGACCCCUGCGGUUGCAAUUUUCCCUUCCGUUUUAUUUUGGGAAUUACUCUUUUCUUUCUUUAUUCGAUUCUCUUUCUUUCUUUCUUUCUUUCUUUCUUUCUUUCCUUCUUUCUUUUUCUCCGACACUUUUCUUUAUUUAUCCGAUUCUCUUUCUUUCUUUCUUUCGUUCGUUCUUUCUUUCUUUUCUUUAAUUAUCCAAUUCACUUUCUUUCUUUCUUUCUUUCUUUCUUUCUUUCUUUCUUUCUUUCCAAUUCAUCUUUUUCUUUUUCUUUUUUUUUUUCUUUCUUUUUCUUUAUUUAUCAUCGAUUCUUUCUUUUCUUUCUUUCUUUCUUUCGUUCGUUCUUUCUUUUCUUUUUCUUUAAUUUAUCCAUUCUCUUUCUUUCUUUCUUUCUUUCUUUCUUUCUUUAAUUAUCCAAUUCUUUCUUUCUUUCUUUCUUUCUUUCUUUCUUUCUCCGAAUCCUUUUUUCUUUCUUUCUUUCUUUCUUUCUUUUCUUUAAUUAUCCGAUUCACUUUCUUUCUUUCUUUCUUUCUCCGACUCUUUUGUUUAUUUAUCCGAUUCUUUUCAUUCAUUCAUUCAUUCAUUUUUUCUUUCUUUUUUCUUUCAUUCUUUCUUUCUUCCUUUUUCUUCGACUCUUUUCUUUAUUUAUCCGAUUCUCUUUCAUUCAUUCAUUUUUUUCUUUCUUUCCUUCUUUCUUUUUUUCUUUCUUUCUUUCUUUCAGCGAUUCAGUUUCUUCCUUUCUUUCUUUCUUAUUUAUACGAUUAUCUUUCGUUCAUUCAUUCUUUCUUUCUUCAGUUUAGUUUCUUUCUUUCUUUCUUUUCUUUAAUUAUCCGAUUCACUUUUUUCCUUUCUUUCUUUCUUUCUUUCUUUCUUUCUUUCUUUCUUUCUCCGACUCUUUUAUUUAUUUAUCCGAUUCUCUUUCAUUCAUUUAUUCAUUCAUUCAUUCGUUUUUUCCUUCUUUCUUUCUUACUUUCUUUUAUCGAUUCAGUUUCUUUCUUUGUCUCUUUCUCUGUUCAUAUCUAUCUAUCUAUCUAUCUAUCUAUCUAUCUAUCUAUCUAUCUAUCUCGGUCGGUUCAUAUCCAAGUCAUUUCCCAUUUACUAUAA